GAAUCCUCCCGAAAGUGACAGAAUGAUUGUCGUUCACGCGCAGGAGUUGAUGGCAGCUGGGAACGAGAUGUCCUAAUAGAGCGAGACGGAGUAUCAUUGUAGGAUCUUUAGGCUUGUGUCUUGCUCCUUGUCAACUGCAACCGAACAGACGCGAAGGGAUAGAAGGUCUAGGCUGGGUCGUGAGAAGGAGACACAUUUUUUCUUGGCCAUAUGAUGUUGUGGCGCGAAAUGCGGUUUUCAUAACAGAUUCAUAAUCCGAUUCUAGCAGGGACACGACGAUAACAUCAAUGAAAUACUUCCAUUGCGAUUUGUGAUCCUUUCAAUGCAAGCACAUUUUGGUGUUUCGUCACUGGCAGAUGACGAAAGUCUACUCUACAAUGUCACUCGAGCCUGGCAAUUACGAGAUCACCUCGGCCAUUGAUGGCAACCCUAUCGUUGCCCGCCAUCCUAUUGAGGAUCAUUCAGGGAAUCCAAAGACCGUUUUCGCCCUCCCUCUUGGAAUUCGCCCUCUAGGGCCUUGGACCGUCGAAAAGGCCAGCGGCGACAAAUACAUCUUGAAAGCGUUUGGAUCUCCUACGGCCGCCAUCGAUAAAAAGCUCUUCGCUAUCCUGAAUGAUCUCUAUCCUGCACAGGAGUGGGUCGUGACUAGAAUUCCUCAGGCCGGUGAAGACGCAUACACCGUCAGGAAGCCCGAUAGCCCCGAAGGCUGGUUCACCGCCGAAACCGAUGAGCAGAUUAAGGUUCAGCAUUUGAUAGUCGGCCCCAGCGAGCCCCCUUUCCAUCCUCCUGGAAACGUCUUCAUCUUCAAGCUCUUGCUCGAGGAUUAGGCAAUGUAGUUGGGAUACAAAGCUAUGGAUGGUGAACAAAUGUGUUGCAUGAUGGAGACCUUUGCCAUUGGCUAUUUGAUAUUCAGGCGUUUGAAUCUCUAAACUGUAUUUGUACCUCACUAGCUUGAUGAUUGACUGAUGAUUGACCGAAAAUGGGGAGGCCCUUAAGCUCGCGAUGUACAAAUCAGUUUUAAAAUCAUAAAGAUCGAGCCUCCACUGGCAUAUGAGAGAAUCGGCCCAUCGUGUUUGUCCC